AAUCUUCUCCGGCAGUCCAAUGGCCUGAUCCGUUUCCAUAAAGCGAACCACCAAUCUUCCACCGGAAGGAACGCCCCAAGUCCCCAACCGUGGCGCACCAACGUUAAAGCGCCCGCCGUUCCUUGUCUCCCAAAUCCGAUCUAAACCGCUGCCAUCCCCUCGCCACUCGCCUCCCUCGGAUCCAGAGCCGCCAUGUCGUCGUCGUGGUUCCGCUCCUCCUCCUCCUCCUCCUCCCACCGCUUCUACGAGGAACGAAGCGUCCACUCAUACGAGCCCUACUUCGACGAUGGAGAUGACGUCAAGCCGGCGGUGACGGAGCACUGGCGGCGUGACCACGCCUACGGCGGCGUCCGCGCCGGGGAAGACGUCAAGCCGGCAAACCAGCCGCGUCCGGGUGGAGGAGGAAUGCCGCGUGUAAAGGAUGAUCGGCGUGACUAUCCCUAUCCCUACGGCGGGGUCGGCGCCGUAGAAGACGUCAAGCCGGCGCGUCCGGGUGGAGGAAUCCCGCGUGCACAUGAAGAUCGCCGUGACUAUCCCUAUCCCUACGGCGGGGUCGGCGCCGUGGAAGACGUCAAGCCGGCGAAGCAGCAGCAGCAGCGUCCGGGUGGAGGAGCAGGAGGAGGAAGCCGCCCAGCUGUGCACGAUGAUCAGGCGGUUCUCUCCUGGCCGAUGGUCGAGCAGUUCAAGUCGACGCUGCGAACCCAGGACGCCCUCGCGGGGCUCCGCACCAGGUACAGCAUCCCGGAGGGGUUCGGCCUGCACCUCGCCGGCACCAACCAGGCGGCCUGCGCGCCGCCCCCUCCCCCCGCGCGCGGGGCCCGAGGCGGCGGCGCCGCGGCGGUGCCGAUCUGCGUGCACACCCAGGCGUUCGCCGCGGGCUUGCGCCUGCCGCUGCACCCGUUCGUGAGCGACGCGCUCGCCCACUUCGGCAUCGCGCCGUCGCAGCUCGCGCCCAACGGGUGGCGCACCCUGGUCGGGUUCGCGGUGCUCUGCCACUUCCGCGGCGCCGGCGCGCCCACGCUGCCCGUGUUUCGCCGCUUCUUCGCCCUGGCGGCGCUGCCCAAUGCGAAGGGAUGGUACAACUUCCGGGCCAGGGAGAGCGUUCCGGCGCUCUUCACCGGCCUCCCCACGUCCAUCAAGGGGUGGAAGGAGGAGUUCCUCCUCGUGUCGCCUCCGCCGGGCGCGCCCUGGCGGUGCCCCGUGAAGUGGGGCGUCGCGACCAAGGAGGCCAUGAGCGAACCCGUGCUCACCGAUGGCGAUGCGGCGGUCGUGCGCCUGCUGUCGCAGGGGCAGGGCGUCGUCGACCUCAAGACCUACCUGUCCGAGAGUAACCUCGUCGCCGCCAAGAUUAGCCGCGCCUCAGCGUGUCCAGGUGUGGCAGCUUCCCAAGGUGCGCCGUCGCGGGCAGGGAAGAAGACGCAGGUGCCUGCUGCCGGUGGUGGCAAUGGCGGCGAAGUGCUGCGGUCCGAGCUGCAGGCGAAGGAGAAGGCUCUCUCCAAGGCCAAGGGCGAGAUCAGCCAGCUGAAGAAGGAGCUGGGCAAUGCCAAGAAGAGGGAGCUUGCCAAGGCGCAGCAGGAAUUGGCGUACGCAGCGCAGGUGCUGGUGCCUGAAGGCGGUGGCAAGGGUGCUGGGGCUAACAAGCGCCGCCGUGGCGCCCAGUGAUCACGCCGUUGUGGCGCGGCAUGCGCCUCCACGCCGACCGAUGUUGGCGCGAUUUAUGCUUCACUUUGCCGUGUUUUAGCAAAUUCUUAUGGUAGCUAUGUUCGAUUGCCCAAAAUGUUUCAGUUGCAUGCCCAGGUUUUAUCGACACUCGCAGAAAUGAAAUGUCAAAACGAUUCUUUUUGACGAACACCUUCUCUAUGGUCA